CAUGGCGUCCGUGACAACAGCCACCUCAGAGUGGAUACAGUUUUUUAAGGAUGCUGGGAUCCCAGCCGGCCUCGCAGUCACUUAUGCAGUCUCCUUCGUGGACAACAGAAUUCACAAGAACAUGCUGAUGGACCUCAGUAAAGACAUCAUGAUGGACCUCGGCAUUACAGUCAUUGGGGACAUCAUUGCCAUUCUUAAACAUGCCAAGCAGGUCUACAGGCAGGACAUGUGCAAAAUGGCCACAGAAGCUAUCUCCUCAGGACAGACCAGUGUUAAAGCUGAGCUCAGAAGAACUGCCAAUACUCCUGCCACUCGUAUGAUAGCCAACGCUCUGAGCAAUGACUCCCCACCGGCCACUCCAGCCCGCCGACCUGACAACCGCCUGUCCGUUACAGUGUCCAACAUGCAAGCAAACAAAAGUGGCAAAGCAGUUGUAAGUCAGCCAGCUGAUGAGGGGAACGGUUUGCCAGCAGUGAAGCGCAGACGUGUGACAGCUGAGAUGGAAGGCAAGUACAUCAUCAACAUGCCCAAAGGCACCACGCCUCGUACACGUCGCAUCCUGGCCCAGCAGGCCAAGAAAGGUUUGAAACGCACCUCUGUGUUUGCAAGACUUGGGGCUGAAUCGAAGGCAGACACAACAACAAGCAAUAACAAGCCCACCGGUGUGUUCAGUCGUCUGGACAGAGGAGUGGAAGAGGAACACAGGCUGGCUGGAAACAUGGAUGUUGACGACGAGGAUGACAGUGACGGGGAAGGCUCCGUCCUCCAGUACGCUGGCGUCCUCAAGAAACCGCCUCCCUCCCAGAAGAAAGAGCCAGCCACUAAACCAGCACCAACCACCCUGCGACGCCUGGGAGGCAAAUUCAAGCUACCUCCCUCUGACACUCCCUCCUCCUCCUCCUCCUCCACCACCACCACCACCUCUUCUUCUUCCUCUAAUGGCCUCCCCCCUGCCAAGAUUAGUGUGCUUCAGAGACUGGGCAAGCUCCCUGUCACACACCAAGGCACGGCUGUGUCGCCCACACCUGCUGACACACAGGACAACAGGGUGACCACCAGCACCAGGCCCAGAACCCAGGACAGAUUGACCAUAGCAAGCCCCAAGGUUAGCAGCAGCACUGGAGGAGGAGAGUCUGUGGGUGCCCAGAUGGACGUUAGGGCUGUCAGUGUUUUUAAGAGACUGGGCAACAAGAAGACCUAACACACACAGUAAAUCCCAAUAAACUCUUCAGACUCUUUCUAUACGUCCUUUAUAGAAUUUGUAUCACCACCUUUUUGCAUUUAUCCUGGCAACAUGCAGGACUGCAGAUUGGAGUGUUUGGUUUUGUUCUGCCUGAGCGUAUGAGCGAUUUUAAUGCUGCAUUGUGGCUUUGGGGUUGCUUCUUAGAUAAAAAUGCAUAUUUUUUUUGAUUACGCUUUAGUCAUGCUGCCAUUGGAAAACCACCGUUAUUUUUGUGUCGAAGCUUUUACUUUGAGGGCUCAAAGCUCUGCGUAUUAUGUUGCUCAACCAGAAAGCUAUUUAUCAUGUCUCAGUCAUAUCUGCCAUUUAUCAUUAAAAAAAAAUAUCUAUAUAUAUAGUUAGUUAUAUUUGUGAGCUUAAGGCAUGAGCAUGACAUCAACCCGGCUGCCAUUAUGGCGAUUUUAAUUUUACCCUGUAAUUCCACAUAUAAGGAUGCUGCUGCCUAAACUUCCAUGAAGAGUUCUCCUGAAUGAAAACAGCUGAGUAGCUGAAAAUGUUCCUCCAAGAUGAGUUGUGUGGUCAUGUUAUUGAUAUUUGCCUGAAAGUGAAUUAUUACUUUUAAGAAAAUCUCAUGUAAAAGGUACAGAGCGGAGACUUCAUACACCUUAAGCAAUUGUAGUUUAUUCUUCAAGUUAAAAACACAGGACAGCAGUCGAGGCUUUGAGGCGAAGGCUAAGUCUUCUGUUUCUUGUUAUCUUCACCACCUCCAAAUUACCUCCUCUCUCGUGUUUUGAACGUAGAAAAUGUUAAAAAGUGCUGAUGACUUCUUUUUUCAGUGAGUGAAAAAGUGAGUUCAAAUGACCUCUUGUAACACUUGAAUCAAGGAAAAGCACCGCACCUCCUGCUCUUCUUCUUCUGCGCUUUGUGGAGUAGAAGUUCACACCUCUGAACGGAAAACGCCCAUGUCAACUUUUCUACCAUAGUACUGAACAUUUUCUAUAACCACCUACUUGAAGGCUGUAUAAGUAGAAUAUUGUUUAUUUUGAAAUGCAAUGUAUAGAUUUGUUCGACUUGAUUUCAAACAGCACAGAACACAUUCUGCUGCAUAUUUUUCUAUGUGGACAAACUCAGAUGCCAUCGGACCAUGUGUCAGUGGGCCACUGUAGUUCAUUACACCCGUCUUUAAAACUUCACACCAGAACUUUGUUACACUGUAAAUAUUUGACAUGUUUAAAAUCACACUAAGGAAUUUUUAUUGUUUUAAAGAACAGAGAACUGUCAUGUUUUUUAAAGAUAUUGAGGAAAAAAAAGUUCUUGAUUUGAAGAAAGUGUGCUUGGAAAACAAUUAAAAGAGACAUAGGGUCCAAACGUCUUUGCCGUUCUUUUUUUC